AUGCUUCGGAGGGGUUCUAGAGAGAGAAAAUCUAGAGAGAAGGAGGAGGAACUGUGUGUUUCUGGUCGAGACCGCCGUCUGGACAAUCCAGACCGCCGCAGAAGUCGAGACCGUCGUCUGGAUAAUCCAGACGGCGGUCUCGUCCCUGGCGUGAGGCGAGACGGCGGUCUGGUCCUUCCAGAUGGCAGUCUCGUCCCUUCAGGGCGAGAAACUUUAAUUUUCGGGCCAGAAAAGCCUCCUAUCUUAGUACGGGGGCCUAAUAGUCUCUCCUAG